AUGAUGAAAACUAACCAUUCAAACGUAAGAAGCAGUUUUGUGUACAGUGAGAAAGUGAACGAACUCGUAGAGAAAGUUAUUUUUUUGGCCAAGAGCUUAUCACACUACAGGAAGAAAUAUGUAACGUUUUUGAAGGAGACUAAGUGCGACUUGGGGGGCGACAAUGGAAGCUACAAGGGAGGGGGGGACAUACGACAAAGAAGCUUAAGUAGGAGCGGCAACAGUGACACAGGCGGGGGCGUAAAAGGAACACGUGGGACAAAAAACUACCCAGUGAAGUGCGCAAAAUACAGCGACGGAAGCCACACAGGAUGCAGCUUCUUCCACGUGUUCACCACUUAUGAAGAAUUCGUGCACGACCUACUACACUUGUGCAGCCACGAAACGGACAUAUACAUAGAAUUUCUGUACGCAUUAAUAAUUAACAGCGAGCUGUUUAAUCACUUCCUCUACAUAUGCACAUUCACAAGUGGAGACAAGGACGACGGAUUCUUGCUGCUUAUUUAUAAGCACUUUUUAACACUCGUUGAGUAUUACUUCUACUUCCACAACUGUCACUAUUUCAACGAGCUGUAUCGUACUUUGAAGGAAAUUUAUGAUAACAAGGAUGUGUGUGAAGCGCAACUGCGAGUACCUCCGAGGGGCUGCGCCUUUUUGCGGAAAAAUGAUAAAAACUGCCUGACCAGUCAGGCAACAUAUGAACAAAACGAUUCGGCCACUUGGACAGAAGGAGAAAACAACUUUUUGUUCAGCUACCCGAACGAAAGCAACGAUUUUGUAAAUUAUGAACACAGCGGUGUGGGAAACAAACAAUGCGAAAUGAAAAGCGCAAAUAGGAACACAAAUCGCUGCUGCUUUGAAGUGAACACAAAUUGUAAAACCUUUAAAGACGAAAAGAAGGACCUUAUUAAUGAGCACAACGUGUCCACUUUUACCAAGGGAGUAAAGGAGAGAGCAGAUAAUGAUUCACGUAGCAAAGCCAAGUGCGAUGACAACACAAUUGAGACGCACAAAAUCACCCAUUCAGGGACGAUUUUACGUAAAUUCCUUUCCCACUCUUCGGGCGGCGCGGAAGGAGACAACCAAGGUGACUUCCAUUGCAACUACAAUUGUGACUUGGACUAUGGGGACAAGAAAAAGAAACACACAUCAUCGCAACGGCAAAUGGCACACCCGUCGAAUGCACUCUUCAAUGUUAACAAUUUUUAUAAAUUAAAAAACAUGUUUUUAAUGUUUAGCAAGUUAAAUUAUGAGCAUCUGUACAUUUUGCUUUAUUUUUCCCUGUCCAUUUUGCCAACACUUUUUCACGUGUACCUCACGAGGGUGUUAACAACGCCACGGGAAGAAUCCUGCAUCAGCCCCUACCUCAUGUACAUAGCCAAAAGGAUAAAGGAGCGCUCCAUUCGUUUCUUUAAAUUUGAAUGUAACGACACAGCAGGGGACAGUGGGUACCCUUGCGGUUCUUGUACAGGACAGGCCCACAAUGCAGUGCAUAGCACUGGCUCGAUUAAGAAUAAGCAUCUUUUUAAGGGGUAUGUGCAAAAGGGCCUUCAUGGAAAGGGCAGGCGGCAUGAAAGGAACCAGCGUGGUGAUGGAGGGUGCAGACAUCAGCGACAUGGUGCGCAUGCCUUUUGGGACGAACCGAAUGACAAGCUGUGGGAACACAUUAACCGCCUGGACGUGCAGGCAAAGUUGGACACGCUGGACAGCGGAGGGGACGCCAACGUGGACUACUCUUCCGUAUUUAGAAGAAACAUAAGCAUGUUGCACGCGUUCGAAAUUAGGGCUGACUUUGAGAGUCUGAACUAUGAGGUCGUGGAUGAGCCAAAGGAGAGGAGUGACAUCGGGAAGAAGCGUAAUAGCGAGAACAAGCCAAAUGGGAACGCUCACAGCGAUUCGCAGAGGUGUGCGAACGAGUCGAGCCCCGCCAAUCAGCAGCAUCACGCCUCCGGGGAAGCCACUUCAAAAGUGGGACCCAAGGAAGGACGAGACAGCAACAUAGACGCAGGGUCGCCGCACGACGCGCAUGAAACAGCUUCCAUCCACAGCGUCCCUCUAAUGUCAAGUCAACACACCCCCUUGUACAAUGCGGAGAAAGAACUACAGGAGGUUUUAAAAAGGAACCUACAAUGGACUCGAAUACACUCAUUUUACCAAAGCGAACUGAAAACACCUCACGGCUUGCAAAACGCAAGUGGAUUGAAGGACUUUAUAAAAAGCAUAAGUAUUAUGUGCAGCGAGCAGUUUUUCUCCUUUUAUAUGAACAGGAUAGAUAUGAAAAAGUCAACCCAAGGAGAUUACCACCUUUUACAAGUGGACCAGUGCAGCACCACAUCCAUGAAGCACAAGACAGAAGAGGAGGCACAUUGGGCUGAGCAGCAGAUGAGGCAUCCAGGAAACCACCUGCACAUGCCAAGUCUGCACAAGGACACCACACUAAUACAUAACGAUUAUAUAAAAAAAAAAAUUAAAAGAAACAGAUUGUAUACAUACAAAAUUUUUAACAACCAAAUUGAGACUCUCCUAAAUUCAAAAGAGCUAGCUGAAUAUAUAAAAAAGCAAAAGGAAAAUAAAAAAAAAAAAAAAAAACAUCAGCAAGAAAAAAAAAAGGAAAAUUUCAUAUAUAUGCAAUCGCAGGGUGGUUGUCCACUACUAAAUAAAAAAAAUAAAAAAAAAAUUUCAGACGUACCUUUUACCUUUGCGCAGAAUAAAAAUGACAACUUCAUUGAAUCGGAUUGCAACUCGUACGAAAACAGUGACUCCAGUGAUAACCUUUCCUUGUAUAAUUACGCAAAGGAAUUCUACGCAGAUAAUGGGUUCAACAUAAAUGAGUUUGUCUUUUUUGUAUUAAAUACUUUUUACCUCUUCAUGCAUAUUCACAAUGUUUAUUUUUCUUGCACCUACUUGAAUGUGCUUCUUUCUUAUUCUAUUAAGUUAGUGUUUAAGUAUAGCGAUCGGUGUGUUGGCUCUCGACUGUCACGCGUUGUGCGCGGCCACCUACCAGACAUUCAAGCCAAGCCACACGAUACACAUGAGGAAGACAUAUUGCCUUUCAUGACACACAAUCGGAUGAAGAAGAUUGCACGGAAGGGAUCAAGUGUACGCGUGAUGAAGUCUCACACUCAGGAAGGAGACAUAAAUGGAACAAUUAACAACCCCCAGGAAGGAAGCGAAUGGGAUAGGAUAAAUGAACUCAGCCAAAUGAUAUUAAGGAAGAAAAAAUUUUUUAAUAAAAAAAAAAAAAAAGAAAAAAAAAACCUGAAUAGUGCCUUCUCCCGUACGUCCAACAAAUAUGCAAAUAAAAAUACCUUACUCAUGAACACAUUUGAUAUAAUUGUAAAUUCUUUCCUGGAUCUGUGCAUUUCGCUUUGUAGUGUCGACUUCAAUUGUGUGAGUGACAAAAGGAAGCGCUUGAACAGAAGUUACUUUUGCAAUUGCAUUUGUAUGUACCACCACAUGCUGAAUAGGCAAUACAAGGAAUCUGCUGUCCGCAAAUUUAAUCAAGCCAAUUAUAAUAACUCGCUGGAAGCUUACCUUUUCUACUUCGACGAGCUGAAGAGACAUGCUUUGUUUUCAGAACGGUUUCCUCAGGAGGGCAAGAGGGAGGUGCAGGAGGAGGAGGACGAUGAGGGGGGGGGUAGAGACUCCCGCAGUGGAUAUAAUCGGAGUGACAGUACUCAUAUCACUAACCACAGCGACGCAAGUGGGUACAGUCUCUACUUCUCACAGGACAAGCGAAGAAGGGAUACCCCUCACUUGGGGGUCAGCAAAAGGGACACGCACAGAAACAAGGAGCAUGAUAAAAGCGGUGAGCUAGCCGAAGGGGUGAAAAAAAAUGGCGCUGCAAAAAGACUGUUAAAAAAAAAAAAAAAAAUGGACGACUCCAUCUUUUCCUACAUGAUGAUGGCCCGAGCACGUGACAACAUCACAAAUGACAUUUCAUCCUCCAUGAACGAAACGGAAGAAGAUCACGACAGCGAUGAUGGACCGAUCGACUCAAUCAACACAAGCAGCGAUGGAAGCUUUCUCUUUUUAAAAAAAAUGAAAAAAAAAAUAAAAAAAAGAAUUUACCUGGACGAAAAUAAUAUUAUAAAGAUGUUAACCAGUGUAGGCUGCAUUUUCAUGAACAAUAUAAAAUAUAGUGUUGGCAUUACUAUAAGUAAUUUAAAGAGAAUACACAAACAUGGUUCUUCAAAUGAGAAGGACAACUUGUUUAACCAUCUCCAUGGUGUGUUUUAUUGGCAGAAAAAAAAUGCCCACUUGGCGAACAUUUAUAAUCAGUACUUUGUGUCUUUUUUGUUCUUCUUCAAAAUACACUACCUUUUUUUUUUAAUAAAAUAUAAAUGCGAACAUGAGAUUUUUUUGAAGGCCUACUGGUUCCUCUACGCUGUUUAUUCCAUCACGCAGGGGGGACAGUAA